CCGGAAUGUGGAAAAUCCUUCAAAGCAAAUGAAGCUCUUAAAAACCAUCGAAGAAUCCACACUGGAGAGAAACCUUAUGGAUGCCUGGAGUGUGGAAAGAGCUUCAGUCUGAGGGGAGUCCUUUAUGUACAUCAAAGGAUCCACACUGGAGAGAAACCAUUUAAAUGCGUUGAGUGUGAAAAGCGUUUCUAUAGUAGAGGAUGUCUCCAGAGACAUCAAAGGUUUCACAGUGGGGAAAAACCAUUUGAAUGUUUUGAGUGUGGAAAGAGCUUUACUCUGGGUGAACAGCUCCGUAGACAUCAAUGGAUUCACAGAGAAGAAAAACCAUAUAAAUGUCUGGUGUGUGGAAAGAACUACAGUGAGAAGAGCAGCUUUUUGGUACAUCAAAGAAUCCACACAGGAAUAAAACCAUAUAAAUGUCCAGAGUGUGGAAAUAGUUUCAAUCAUAGGAGCACCCUUUAUAGACAUCAAAGGAUUCAUACAGGAGAAAAACCGUAUAAAUGCCUGGAGUGUGGAAAGAGCUUCAUUCAGCGGAGAGAACUUUAUACACAUGAAAGAAUCCACACAGGAGAAAAACCACAUAGAUUCGGGAGUCCCCAGAGAAUCCAGGAGGGAGGAGAGAAAUAUCAGUGCCCAGAAUGUGGAAAAUCCUUCAAAUCAAAUGAAGCUGUUAAAAACCAUCAAAGAAUCCACACUGGAGAGAAACCUUAUGGAUGCCCGGAGUGUGGAAAGAGCUUCAGUCAGACGGGACACCUUUAUGCACAUCAAAGAAUCCACACUGGAGAAAAACCAUAUAAAUGCCUGGAGUGUGGAAAGAGCUUCAGUCGGAGGGGAAACCUUUAUAAACAUCAAAGGAUCCACACUGGAGAGAAACCAUUUAAAUGCCUGGAAUGUGAAAAGAGUUUCAGUAGUAGAGGAUGUCUCGAGAGACAUCAAAGAUUUCACACUGGUGAAAAACCAUAUGAAUGCUUGGAGUGUGGAAAGAGCUUUACUACGAGUGAACAGCUCCAUAGACAUCAAUGGAUUCACAGAGGAGAAAAACCAUAUAAAUGUCUGGUGUGUGGAAAGAACUUCAGUGAGAGGAGCCGCUUUUUGGUACAUCAAAGAAUCCACACAGGAGAGAGACCGUAUCAAUGCCCAGAGUGUGGAAAGGGCUUCAGAUGGAACAGCAACCUUCGUGAACAUCAAAAAAUCCACUCAGGAGAGAGACAACUGUAUAAAUGCCUGCAGUGUGGAAAGAGCUUCACACGGAACAGCAACCUUAGUGAACAUCAAAAAAUCCACUCAGGAGAGAAAGAACUGUAUAAAUGCCUGGAGUGUGGAAAGACCUUCAGUGAGAGGAACUGCUUAUUUCUACAUAAAAAAAACCAUUUAGGAGAAAAACCUUAUAAAUGCCUGAACUGUGGAAAGAGCUUCAGUCUGAGGAGUACCCUUCGUAGACAUAUUAAAAUCCACUCAGGAGAAAAACCAUAUAAAUGCCUGGAGUGUGGAAAGAGCUUCAGUGAGAGCAGCAGCCUUGAUAAUCAUCAAAGAAUCCACUCAGGAGAAAAUCCUUAUAAAUGCCUGGAGUGUGGAAAGGGCUUCGUUUGGAAGAGCAGCCUUUAUAGACAUCAGAAAAUCCACUAA